AUGAGCAAGCUGCGGCAUCCAAACGUGGUCAUGUUCAUGGCGGCAUGUACGCGUCCGCCGCACCUGGCCAUCGUCAUGGAGUACAUGGCACUCGGGUCGGUCUUUGAGUUGCUGCACAAUGAGCUCGUCGUCGCUCUGCCUAUGGAGCUGUGCGUGAAGCAGUGCUACCAGGCGGCCAAGGGCAUGCAUUUUCUCCACUCAGCAGACAUUGCACAUUGCGACCUCAAGUCGCUCAACCUGCUGCUUGACGCCAAGUGGAAUGUCAGGGUGGCCGACUUUGGCCUCAGCAGCGUGCGCAACGCCGUUGAACGCAACUGGGCGGGUUUUGUUGGCAGUGUGGCGUGGACUGCGCCUGAGGUGCUCAACAAGAUGCCUGAUGCUGAUUACGUGCUUGCUGAUGUCUAUUCGUUUGGCAUUGUCAUGUGGGAAAUGCUCACGCGCCGCGUGCCUUAUGAGGGCCUCUCGCCUGCGCAGAUUGCAAUCCAGGUCAUCUGCGAUGGCCGGCGCCCCACCUUUCCGACCGCCCUCAGCAGGGCCAUCAACGGCAGUAGUGACGAUGAUGACGACGAGGACGACGACCGCAAGGACUGCAACGAAGAUGGCGACGACAACACGGGCAGUACGCAUCGCAAGGACAAUGACAAUGGGCAGCGAGAUGGCGAUAUCGAUCAAACGCAGAGCAUCGACAAUGUGGUCAUAACCAUGCAAAUGCGCCAGACGCUCGCGGACCGCGCACGCGCGAUUCAACAGCGCACACAGCAUCACUACCAAGAGCACGAGCCAGCAUGCGAGUUUGUCAGCCAUCUCGGAUAA